AUGACUUUGGCAUUAGAAACUAAAAAUAAGCUAGGAUUCAAUAAUGGUGAUUGUGAAAAAGAUGAAGAUAAUGAAAUUCUUGCUAGUCAAUGGGAUAGAUGUAAUGUUGUGGUCUUGUCUUGGAUUAUUGGUUCAAUUUCUGAAGAACUUUAUAUGUGUCAAAUAUUCUCUAGAAAUGCUAGUGAAGUCUGGAAAGAAUUGAAAGAAACUUAUGAUAAAGUAGAUGGAUCUGUAAUAUUCAAUCUGCAUCUUAAAAUCAAUUCACUUAAACAAAAUGGGUCAUCUCUGUCAGAUUAUUAUCAUAUACUAAAUUCUUUGUGGAAACAGUAUGAUGCUCUUGUUAAUUUACCUGCUUGUGCUUGUAAAGUUGCUAAGGAUUUUCAAAAUCAUAAUAAAUUGCUCAGGUUAAUGCAGUUUUUAAUGGGUCUUAAUGAUGUCUAUAUGCCAAUGAGAACUAAUAUUUUAACAAGAGAACCUAUUCCUGAUGUUAAAUCUGUUUAUGCUAUAAUUUCUAGAGAAGAGUCACAUAGAACUAUGUCUGUGCAUGAUAAUUCAUCUAAAGUUCAACCUUCUGUGUUUAAUGCUCAAAGAAUUGACAAUAGGAAAGGGUUUAAUAGAGGUCCUAAUCCAAACUUAAAAUGUAAAAAGUGCAAUAUGAUAGGACAUACUAUUGAUAGGUGUUAUGAGAUUGUUGGUUAUCCACCUGGUUUUAAAAAGAAAUUUAAUCCAAAUACAAAAUAUGUUUCAAGUAAUAAUGUGAUUACUGAUUCUAUUAAUAAUGGUUCUACUAGUAAUUCCGAUUCCUUUUCUAGUAGUUCUUUGUCUUUUACUCAUGAGCAGAUGGUGAAACUGUUGAAUCUCAUCAAUGAUAAACCAGUUCCUAGUACAAGUUUUAAUGCCAAUAUGGCAGGUAUUAUAUUAGAUUCUGAAUGCUUAUUUGGAAAGAACUUGUCUAAAAUUUGGUGUUUAAAUGCUUUGUCUAAUUUUAAAUUUGUGGAUGGAAAAUGGGUUGUAGAUUCUGGUGCAAAUCAACAUUUAACAUGUGAUGAAAGUUGUUUAUUCAAUGUAGAAGAUAUAAGUGAUUUAAAUAUUACAGUUGGACAUCCUAAUGGAACUAUUACUAAAAUUAAGAAAAUAGGAAAUGUGAGUCUGUCAAAUAAUGUGAUUCUUUUUGAUGUUCUGUUUGUACCAGAAUAUAAAGUAAAUCUAGUUUCAGUUCAUAAGAUGUCUAGAGAUUCUAAACUGUUUGUUGGUUUUGAUGAGAAUGCUUGUUAUAUUCAGGAUUUGAAAUCAAAGAACCUGGUGGGGACUGGUAGUGAAUAUGGUGGAUUAUAUAUGCUUGAUAGUCAUGAUAGGUAUAGUAAUUUUGUUUGCUCUAAUGUGACUACUUGUUAUCUGUCUAAAGUAACUUGGCUUAAUAGAUUGGGACAUCCUGCUGAUCAGGUUCUAUAUGUUUUAAGAAAUGAUUUGGAAAUUGAUAAUACUAAACAAGUUUUUCCUUGUGAAAUUUGUCAUAAAGCUAAACAAAUUAGAGAACCAUUUCCAAUAAGUGAUCAUAAAACUAAAGGGUUGGGAGAAUUGAUUCAUCUUGAUGUCUAG